AUGGUGCUAUGCCUUUCUGAAAACGAGAAGGAAAGCCUGGAAACAUGGCUAGAUGAACAUGCGUCAGGGUUGAAGAGUCCAGAUGUUUCUCUUUUCAAGGAAUACGUAAUAGAGUUGUUAACCUCUGCAAGCGAUGAUCACUGGUUCACUGACCCCAAUUCGUUUAGAAAAGCAUUGGUCGAGCACCUGGCUGGCCUUGUGGAAAACGUACAUGAAUUCACCAACCAGCUUUACGAUGCUUUGAAGUGUAAGACCUACCUUACACAACAGCAGACGCCUUUUGUGUUGGUGAUGAACGUGCCAUUAAGCAAGCUCCAUCGCGAGGAGAUACGGAGCAACUUCGAGCCUUUCGGGGCCAUCCAGUCUUGCAAAGUUGAUUUGGAGAGACGUACUUUGCUAAUUGAGUACAAUAACCCCUCUUGUGCCAUCAGGUGUACGAAAACAGCCACCACAUUCUUCGGCAAUAGAUUUGUUAAGGUGGAGCUUUUGGAGAAGCCCUCGCAAUUUGAGGGAACGGUUUUGCAGUUGUAUGGGGAUAGUGAUUCAGAUCAGGCGUCAUUAGCAGGAUCGUCCGGGAGUGGGGUACCCGGAGCUCAACCCUCUGAGGUCUCCGUAACCCCCAACGUUAAUCCCAACAUUCUGGACCCUGCUGGCUCCUUGGAGAUUAAAUCUAAAUUCAGUAAGCGUGUCGAAGAAGUGCAAACUCUUCAGCAAUCAUUAUUUGAGGAAAGACAACGCAAAAACAAGAGAUAUCAAGAGCAAUUGAACGAUUUACUAAAUUCGAAGGAACGACUUUUACACGUGCAUCAAGCAAUGUUGGAAGAACUUGCAACUAAGAUAGAGCAGCUUUCACCUGAAGAUGACACGCUGCAUGCGUACGCUAAGGAAUUUGCUGAUAUAGUAGAUAGCAUGAGCCGUCUUGAUAUCAUGCCUGCAGAGAUGGUAAAGCAGAAAAUAGAGAAAUUCGCAUUAGAUAAUCCGUCUUCCAGUUUGAUGGUACGAAACGCACGGCUGCAAAAAAUGAGAUCGAAAAGAAACCGGAAGGCAAGUGCACUGAAGAGAAGAACUAAGAGAAAAAAGUAA